AUGAGCGACCAGAUCAAUCUCCCCGUUGAGUCUGCGGGUGCCACUGAAGGUCCCCCCUCGAAACGACCCUGCACCAUCGAUACGCCGCCUAUCGCAGACACACCAGACAAUGGUAGUGAUUUCUACGACACGCCCUUGAACGCUGACACACCGGUGACCACUGCGAUUACUGAAGACAUACCCACGACGGAGCCUUCGGUCUCUUCAACCAGUAUGCCUAUGAUCCCAGGAUUAGGCCUCGUCAACGGACCAAACGAUCAACCCUCGAACCCUGUGCAGUACACAUUGGCAGCAGAAGUCGAACAAGAGUCGGAUAAUGUUGCUGGCGAGGCGAUUAAGACCGAGGAAAAUGACACUUCUAUGCAAGAUGGAGAAAAUGAGACUGCGGUCAACCCGGAAGCAGUGAAUCAGGUGCACAGCGAAGCAAUGGAAGUCGACCAGAAGCCCGAGCCCACCACCACCACCACCGAAAAUGCGACCGAGGUCCCCCAGGGACAGCCUGAAACCGCCCAAGAAGAUGGGGAAGAGGAGCAUCCUGAGUGGGAAGUUGACUCUUCACCAUACGAGUCAUCCUCGGACAGCUCGAGCUCUUCCGAUUCCGAUGAUAGCGACGACGAAGAUUACCCCAUCCUUAGUCCCGAAGAACAAGCUCGCAUUCUUAUGCUUGCUGAGGGCGGCUCCGACGAUGAGGGUGACAAGGGCAAAUCUGGAGCUCAAAUUCGAUCGACCAACGAGGUGGCGGAAGAGGUUUUGCCCGUCCCGGAAGUCACUAUUACACCGGAGAUGAAAAUUGUUUACCUUGGCAAAGUCCAAGCAGCCAUUGACAACGCCGUUCUUGUUGAGGCGAACACAUCUGGAGAGUACCAAGUUCUCGAGUCGGGUUCUUUGCUCUGUUCUGAGGACCGCAAGGUUUUGGGUGUUGUAUCGGAAACACUUGGUCGAGUGGAGCACCCCUUGUACACUCUCAUGUAUGCAACCGGGGAAGAAGUGAAAGAGAAGGGCUUGGUUAAAGAUAUGCCUGUUUAUUACGUUGAAAAACACUCUACAUUUGUCUUUACCCAGCCCCUCAAGGGCUUGAAGGGUAGCGACGCAUCGAACUUCCACGAUGAAGAGAUCGCUGAAGAGGAGAUGGAGUUCUCUGAUGACGAAGCCGAGGCUGAGUAUCGAAAGAAACAGAAACAGAAGCGACAAGAGAGAAAGGACGCUAAGGAUGGUGGAAAAUCCAAGAGAGGACAACCCGGGCCAUCAAAGUUGAGCCACAGCGAACUCAACUACGACGAGGAAGGACCCGAGGGAUAUACACCCCUUGCUCGCCCGAAGAAUUUGCACGAGAUGAUGGGUACGCGCGAGGCUCCUAUGGAGGGCGGCGAGCGGGGACCAAGCUUCCGUGGAAGCAGAGGCCGAGGACGAGGCACUGAGCGCGGCCGGGGUGGUCGUGGCAGAGGAAGUGGUGGACGAGGAGGCUAUGGUGACCGAGACCAAGAGCGCCGACCUGCCCAUCAACAGGGCGGCGACUCUCAAUAUGCACAAGGUCACUCAGCGCCUCAAACUCAACAACCAGCUACCUACGGUAUGCCAACAUACCCGCAACAACAGCCUGCUUAUGGUAUGCCCCAGCCUUUCCCUGGCUACCAACAAUAUCCUCAGCAGUAUGCGCCACAGCAACAGCCGCAAAAUCCCCAGGGCGGAGCCCCAGCACCCUUUCCCUUCCAGUUUCCCUUCCAGCCUGGCUUCCCACAGCAAAGCCCUUUCCAAACCAUUCCUCAAGGCGCGCAUAUCAACCCUCUAUUCCUGGCAGCAUUGCAACAGCAACAGCAGCAGCAGCAGCAGCAGCAGUACCAGCAGCCUCAGCAGCAAUACCAACAGCCCCAGCAACCUCCUGCACAGGGCCAACCACCGAACCCAUCUAUGAACUUUGAGCAGGUCAAAGCCCAGCUGGAUCUGCUGCGCAACCUGAAUAACGGCAACCAGGGUCCUCCCCCUUCUUAA